UAGAAGUGGAAGAAAGUAAUUUGCUGAGAUGUCACUCAGGAAUUUUCCCCAGGAAAGCCUGGAAGUGGAGAGCUUUCGCACGAGGUUCAGUGCCUGGACUCCCUUUACCAACCAGUCCUUAAACAGACAGCUCUUUCAAGAAAGAGUUACUCUCAUAACUCACUGGUUUGGCCUCUGGACCAACAAGCAACGGCGGGAAUUCUUAUUCACAAUUCUUUCACAAUGCUCUAAAUCACAACUAAGGUUCCUGCAAGACUGGUUUUCAGAAAGGCAGCAGGUGGCCAGAGUGGAUUUCUCGACAGUGUUACCGCGCUCCAUUUCUCUGUUUAUCUUUUCCUUUCUGAGUCCGAAAGACCUCUGUGCAGCUGCUCAAGUCAGCUGGCCCUGGAAGUUUCUAACAGAACAGGAUUGCUUAUGGAUGCCUAAAUGCACUAAGUUUGGAUGGUUUCUGCCCUAUACGCCAACACAGAAUGAAUAUGGAGCUUGGAAGCACCAUUACAUUGCUUGUGUGUCCAGCUUGGACUGGCUAACGCCCAGGGAGGCUGCUGCUGUGUAUGGAACACUGAAUGAACCCAAACCAGAAGAUGAGGAGUUCCAGGAGAGGCAAAGAGAAAAGUGCCUGAGAAAAAUCAUUUGGGAGAAUAUUGCAUUCCGGAAGAAGUUGUUAUUCAAAGCUCGACCCCCUUGGCUGAGUGGAACAUGCUCCAGGACACUGCAGUCCUGGAGCCUGCCCCGUGGUCCUCAGAUGGGGAGGGAUGGAGCAGGAUUCUAUGAAGCUUUGGAAAGACAGCUUGUUCUGGCAUCUUUAGAUGCUUUGCCUAAGCGAAGCAAUCCUUCUGGAAGUCACUCCUACCCUGUAUUAUUAAGGAAAAGUCACCGUGGGGUUGGUAGGACUGAUGACAACUCUUCUGGUGCUUUGCACACAUAUGUCAUCCUGAUCUCAUCGCGGAUUCCUGCCUAUGAGAUGGUGGUGGAGAGCGUGAAGGUGGGUGUCGUGACCGUCCUGUACGAACACAGCGGUGUGACCCUGGAGGGCCUGCUUCAUCUCGUAGACAGAGCUCUGCAAGGGCGGAAGGCACAGAGCCUGGGAAUAUUUUGCGGUGGAAACAGCCGAGAAAUUGACUUACUCCAAGGCUAUAAAAUUUGCAUUAAAAAUUUACUGUCGCCUGAAGUGAGGGACUUCUGGGAGAAAUUAGGAAGCUGUGUGGCCACCAAAGAAGAAGGGGGACGUGUAGAUUUCUUUGUGCCUCUUGGAGCAUCAGAGGCAGGCAUGGAAAUCCUUUCUCAGCUGUCUCAACUAACUGGCACAUUCUUCUCGGCCCCCACCGGAAUUGCGACUGGUUCAUACCAACACAUUCUUAGUGACUGGCUGGGGGCACAGCAGGACAGACCACCUCCUUCUAACUACUUCAGUGAGUCCAAGCUGCAGGCAUGGUCCAGCUUCACAGACUCCCUGGAAGACACCUUGAAAUCAGUGAGGAAGGAGUUACAUCCACUCUUCAAGAACUUGCAGAAGAGCAUCAGUGGCCAGAUCAUAGGGCAACUUAUGUUUGACGCUCUGAGUAUGGCCAGCAUUCUACAGAACCAAGAUGCUGCACAGACUCUGGCCGAUGGGCUGACGGAGUUGUCAAAAGAAGGCUCUGACAAACCUCUGGAAUUUUUGUCAUAUUUCCUACUGAAGAAAUCUAGUAAAAGGAGCGAGGAAUUUGAAGGAAGUGAUAUUCUGAUAGAACGUGACGUAAACGUAACACCGGAUCCACUCAGGAAGGAAAGAAGUGCCGUAGAAGACAGUUCUCAGGACACAAAGUCAAGUCCAAGCCAAAGCGACCUGAACAUGGAGGUGCUGGUUAAGCUGGAGAAAAAGCUAAAGAUGAACUCAGUAGAGAAACGAACCCAAGUUGUGAGGGAGCUUGUACAGAGCGAGAGACGGUAUGUGCAGAUGCUGGGAAUCGUGAGGGAUGUGUACGCCAGGCCCCUGAGGGCAGCGCUCUCCUCAAACAGAGCCAUUCUGAGUGCUGCCAACACACACAUCAUUUUCUCUGAUAUUCUACGCAUCCUAGAUCUCAACAGAGAAUUUCUAGAUAACCUAAGAGACAGACUACAGGAAUGGAGCCCAGCCCACUGUGUGGGAGAAAUAUUCAUAAAGUUUGGAAGGCAGUUGAACACAUAUACCAAUUUCUUCAACAACUAUCCAGUGGUUCUGAAAACCAUCGAGAAGUGCAGAGAGAUGACCCCAGCAUUCCGAGCUUUCUUGAAGAGGCAUGAUAAGACCAUUGUUACAAGAAUGCUGAGCCUGCCAGAGCUGCUUCUGUAUCCAUCCCGGAGAUUUGGAGAAUAUAUUCACCUGCUCUAUGCUCUGAGACUGCAUACUCCUGCAGGACACACAGACCGUGGGGACCUGACCACUGCAAUUGAUCAAAUCAAGAAAUAUGAAGACUACAUAGAGCAGAUAAAGGAAAACAUCAACAUGAAAGAGCAGCUGUCCGAUGUACAGACGAUCAUCUCGGGGUGCCCUACCCUAUCAGGAGUAAACAGAUACCUGAUUAGGAUCCAAGAUGUAGUUCAACUUCAUUGCUGUGGGGAGACAAUGGACUUCUCUUUAAGGCUCUACGAAGAGACCCGAGACCUCAGCCUCUUCCUCUUCAACGAUGCACUGCUUGUUACCAGCCGGGGCACAUCUCAUACUCCAUUUGAAAGGACUUCUAAAACAACCUACCAGUUCAUUGCAUCAGUGGCCCUUCCCAGGAUACUCGUAGAAGACAUUCCAGACUCCAAAUAUGUCAAGAAUGCAUUCAUUCUUCAAGGUCCAAAACGUGAAUGGAUCUGUGCUACUGAGGUGGCGGAUGAUAAAUUCCUUUGGUUGUCUAUACUCCAAACUGCAAUCAGAAGCAGUAUGAAGUAAGACUAGAUUCAAAACAGACAAGAAGGUUCUUGGAAAUUCAUAUGCCAUGUUUUCUGCUUCAGAACAUCUAGUGAGAAACAGGGAACAGUCAUGGAUGCUGAGGAGAUGGAUGAGCUAGGACCAUCUGUGAGGUUCCUUUCAACUUUUAAAAUGUAUGAUUAAACUAUGUGGGGUGUCUAA